UGUUUUUAUAAGUGAAUACAAAUUCAUUAUUUUAACCAGCGGCUGAUAACGAACAAACCAAUAAAUAGUGUUUGUUUCUUACAUAAGUAAUGUCAGAAUAAAAAUCAUGAAUAGUUUUAAAAUUAGCAGUAUUUUUGUGAACAAAUUGCUCCGACGGUGCCACUUCCGCACUUGCAUAAACCUAGACUGGAACAUUUCCGUUAAUUACAUUCAGGGCACGUCGCACUCGAAAUUCUUUUGCACAACUUCAAACAAGGAAAAUGAGGAGUAUACUCGUCACAAGACCUUGGUCAAAGACGAGUUCAAAGCCUACAUUCGGCAAAACACCGAGAAGUUACGAGACACUGAACAAAAACUCAAACAGAAGGGAACGGUGAUAUUACAGGACAUUAAAGAGACCACUGAUAAAGUCAAGGGAAAAGUGGAGGAAGUGAUUGAGCGGGAGAACAUUUACACAAUCCCCAAUUUCCUCUGUGUUUCACGAAUCCUCAUUUCGCCGUACUUGGGCGUGUUGAUAGUCCAGGCCAACUUUGAUUUUGCAUUGGCCGUCCUUGGCAUAGCUGCAGUUACUGACCUUCUUGACGGGUGGAUCGCCCGCACGUGGGAAAGCCAGUCGUCUAAAGUCGGGAGUUUCCUGGACCCCAUGGCUGACAAGGUCCUGAUAGCCACCUUGUUUCUGACCCUGACUUAUGCCGACUUAAUCCCCAUAGCUCUGACCAGUCUAAUUGUACUACGUGACGUCUGCCUGGUCACUGCAGGUUUUGUCAUACGGUACAGGUCACUACCACCACCCAGGACUUUGAGUCGGUAUUUUGACGCCACGCACGCCACUGCUCAGUUAGCGCCGACUUUUAUCAGCAAAGUUAACACAGGGGUCCAGUUGUUACUGGUGGGGUCAACACUGGCGGCACCUGUGUUUCAUUAUGUUGGCCAUCCUGCGUUAGAGUGCCUAUGGUACAUUACUGGUGCUACGACACUGGCAGCUGGGUUUAGUUACAUCUUUUCGAAAAAUACGUAUCGAAUUUUGAAAAAAGUACCCAAAAAGUAGACUGAUUGUUGUCCCUUCGUAGAUUAAGGACCUAUUUUAAAGACAUGAGGUGAGUUAACUCUGUUGGCCUUGAAAGUCCGAUUCAUUUAUUAUGAUGUACAAUGUACAUAUUUUCGGGGUUCCUGUAUAGAGAUAUUUGUGGCGAGCGUCAAUAUUUUGUUAACUUUUAUUUAUAAAAAGGCUCAAUACUAGAAAAAUACAUAUAUUUAAUAAAGUAUAAAGUAACAAAACCCGUAA